AUGGCAGCUCGAAACACCGCCGAUGAAAUGCGACAGAUUCAGCUGUCAGGCGAGGACUCAGAAGACCUCUGGAAUUCUCCAUCAAAACGGGGCCCUCAGAGGCCAUUUAAAGUACCUACACCGAACAAUGCACCAUCGCCAGGUCCAAGACAAGUACCGGUGGCCGACGACACACUCUUUGAUCGGCAUGAAGCUCGUGAAGCAGCACUUCAGCAUGAGCUACACACCGUUCGAAAUAUAAACGAGGUUAUCGAGGGCCUUCUAAACAGUAUCGACAAGGCUCAAGGCAAUAUGGAGGCUCUGACAUCUGCCUCUACUCUACUCAACACCUGGACCCGCAUCUUGUCCCAAACUGAGCACAACCAGCGUCUCAUCCUCAAUCCAGACUGGCAAGGGGCUACACAAGAUGUGGCUGAUAUGGAGAGGGAGGCAAUUCAGCGACAGCAGGCUGCCGAGAGACGAGAGCAAGCCCUCCAAGAACAGCGAGAAGCAGCGAUGCGAAGAGCAGAGGAGGAGGAAAGACGACGACUUGCUACUGGACGAAGUAGCCGUGGGACAACCCGAGGCACUGUGCGCAGUACUGGACUUGGCAGAACACCAAGUGUUAGUACCAGUCGCUCGGCGACCGCGCGAGGUGCUUCUACCACGGCAACGAGACGACCGGCAAGUGGCAUCGCCCGUGGAAGUGGCAUUGCACGAGGCCGAGCAAGUCUCGCUUUCGUCGAGUCAGUACUCGCUCCACGUCUGGUCAUGAAUUUCGCACCGUAUCAAGACGAGUCACCAGAGAUUGAGCGGGCUUUGUCCCCGCCGACGGUGGACAACCGGAUUCGAUCUCCUGCUUUUCGGUCGCCGCGGGCGUCGACCGACCUACCUUCACCGAGUCAAUUCGCGGCGAGCGGACAUGGCAACCCAAGUUUUGGUCGGGAUGUAGAGGGAGGCCAUGUCAGCUUCGGCGCAUUUGAAACGAGCCUUCCCAUCCGCAUGGACAUUGAAGCAGCGUUGGCAUACCUGCUGCUACCCCCGCGGGAGGUCUCGUUUUGUUGUUGCUGGAGCAUAAGAGCGACUACGUGCGGUGCGUACAGAUCAUGCCUCUUGCCUCAUGCUAGAGUAAAGGUCGACACCCUCGAUCAUUUCGAAGUACCGUUCAUCGGCUAUUGGGCCAAUUCGUUCGUUGACAGUGAAUAA